AUGAAGUUUUCCGGCAAGUCUCACCUUCCGCCGUCGGGCAUUGCUUCCAGGACCCUGAACCCUUCGCCGGACUCAGAUCUUCAACCGCCGAAGCCUUUUCAACGGCGAAAACCGAAAACUCCGAGGACCCGGUUGAGGAUACACGGAGCUCCAGGUGGUAAACGGAGCAGACCUGAAACCCCUCUGUUGAAGUGGAAGAUCCACGAAGGGAAUGAGGAUCCACUAGACGAGGACCAGAAGUCCUCGGUCGCCGGGUUCCGUCAGAGAACGUGCCGGAAUGCGAAGAAGCUACCGGAAGUGGCCGUGUCGGCGCGGAGACUCGCCGCCGGGCUAUGGAGGUUGCAUCUGCCGGAGAUGACAGCGAGCGAUGGCCGGAAACGGUUGGGACUUCAGGUUCAGCAUGGAAUUGGCCAUGUAGGCCUCCAGUUCCUUGAUCGUCCAAAUGGCAUGACUCACGGUUCUGACCUGAAGAAUCUAUCUCAAAGUCCUCGUUCCAUAUUUGGGACGAAGAGCCACUUCUGUGAGCUUGAACCUUUCCAGUUUCCCAACACCGAAAUGGAGGGUGCAACAAAAUGGGAUCCUUUAUGUUUAAAAACAUCAGAUGAGGCGCAGCAUAUCUACAGUCACAUGAAACUUCUUGACCAAAAGGUGAGUGCCGUAUCUGUUGUAUCUGCACUUGAAGCUGAACUAGAGCAGGCUCGUGCACGAAUUCAGGAGCUUGAAAAUGAACAUCGCUCCUCCAAAAAGAAACUCGAGCAUUUCCUGAAGAAAGUCAAUGAGGAGAGGACCCAAUGGCGAAGCAGGGAGCAUGAGAAAAUCCGUGCAUACAUUGAUGACAUUAAGACAGAGUUGAACAGAGAGAGGAAAAGUCGCCAAAGGAUUGAAAUUGUCAAUUCGAGGUUGGUAAAUGAGUUGGCAGAUGUCAAACUAUCUGUGAAGCGUUACAUGCAGGAUUAUGAAAAGGAAAGGAAGGCCAGAGAAUUGAUUGAGGAGGUGUGUGAUGAACUGGCCAAGGAAAUUGGAGAAGACAAGGCCGAAGUUGAAGCAUUGAAGAGGGAAUCUAUGAAAUUCAGGGAAGAAGUGGAAGAAGAGAGGAAAAUGUUACAGAUGGCAGAAGUAUGGCGUGAAGAACGUGUUCAAAUGAAGUUGAUAGAUGCAAAAGUUGCUCUUGAAGACAAGUAUUCACAGAUGAAUAAACUUGUUGCAGAUUUGGAAACUUUUCUUAAAUCAAAAAGCUUGGAUCCAAACACAAAGGAGAUGAGAGAGGCACAUUCACUUCAAAAAGCGGCAGCUGCAAUGAACAUUCAAGACAUCAAGGGAUUUUCAUAUGAACCCCCUAAUUCGGAUGAUAUUUUUGCCAUUUUUGAAGAUGCAAAUUUUGGUGAACCAAAUGAGAGGGAGAUUGAACCAUCUGGUUCGCACAGUCCUGGUAGUCAUGCCUCUAAUAUUCACACUGUGAGUCCUGAAGCCAAUGUAACAAGUAAGCAUGGCAUUCAGAGGCGUUCUGACGUAUUUAUGGAUGAUAAUGGUGAUAUAGAAGGGGAUGAAAGUGGAUGGGAAACUGUGAGCCAUGUUGAGGAUCAGGGCUCAAGUUAUUCAGCAGAAGGGAGUGCGCAAUCUUUGAACAGGAAUCAUAGAGAGAGUAAUGUCUCCAGAAGAAGUGUACUUGAAUGGGAAGAAACUGCCGAUGAGGAGACACCAAUAACUGAAGUUAGUGAAGUAUGUAUACCAACUAAGCAAUCAAAGAAGGUAUCUUCCAUAACAAGGCUUUGGAGGUCAUACCCAAAUAAUGGAGACAAUUACAAGAUAAUCUCUGUGGAAGGACUGAAUGGGAAACUCUCAAAUGGAAGGUUAUCUAAUGGGGUCAUGUCUCCUGAUCAUGGAUCAGGUAAAGGUGGGCUGAGCCCCCAAGACCUUCUAUAUCAGUUGAGUUCCCCUGAGUCAGGAAGUCCACACGCCCAUCGAGGCAUGAAAGGAUGCAUUCCUCGCGGCACACAGAAGAAUAGCUUGAAGGCCAGACUUUUGGAGGCUAAAAUGGAAAGCCAGAAGGUUCAGCUGCGCCAUGUUCUUAAACAGAAGAUAUAGUUGGGAGCAAAGGCAUGACACAGAUUGCUUUAUCUGUCUAAUUGAUAAAUGACUGAAAAGCAGUGCAUUUUAGAUUGUGAAGAUGCAGCAAAUAUGCUGCUUAUGGAAAAACUGCUUAGAAUUGUUGAGGGGCCAUGAAUAGAUGCACAUUCUCUGCCUCAUACUAGUCCUUGUUUGAGUUCUUCAUUGCCAUUCGUAUUAAGCAUUAAGCAGAUAAUCUUUUCAUUCCCUUGUGCCAAAUACCUCAACCCUGGAAUAUUUUGGGAAAUAGCUCAAUUUGUAAUCUGUGAUGACAAGAAAAAUUAUGAGAAGCAUGUAACUUAUGUUGUAUUCAGAGGACAAAUGUCAAGGGAAAACAGAUCUUCAUAAAAUAUAAAUGAUAGCAUUAUCUGUUCUGUUCCAGAUUUUGAUUUUCUGUCAUUGCAGAUUGUAUCGUAGGUGGUGACACGGAUGAUUUGUGAUCGGGACAGAAAAAUGUCACUUCAUAAGUAUGCUGGGUCCAUUCCUCUUUUUUAUAAUAAAUGUUGUCUAAUUAUCCAAGAAAAAAAUAAUUGA